CUCAAGUUUGAAACUCUCACCGCCUAAAAUCCUCAAAUCUCUCCAUCUCUCUUGCUCCUCCGGUCUCCUCAAAUCUCUCCGUCGCUCUCUCAAAUUGAAAAACAUCAGAUUUCGUUGAAGAUUCCCCUGCUGCAAUCCACUCGUAGAGGCGCUGCAGUUUUCUCUCUCACUUCGCAGCAACAGAAACAUGCAAACACAGAGAGCUUUGAUGAAAACCUCUAUAGGAUUGCCUUUGGUGAUAAAUGUAAAGAGAGAUAUGGGGAUUAUAUAUAUAAUUUGAAACAGAAGAAGAAAAAACCAGCGUACUUUACCCAGGCUUUGUGGAAUGACUACUGCAAUGAGUGGAAGACACGUGCUCAUGUUGAGGCAUCCAAGCGAUCAUCUGAAAAUCGCAAGCAAGGCCGGGAGACUGCCCUGGGCACACAUAGCAAUGGCUGUGUUUCAUUUGCUGAGACAGUAGAAAAGAUGACUAGAGAGAAUAACGGGAGGCGCCCUACAUUUUGGGAACUCUUCAACAAGACUCAUAGGCUAACCCGAAAAGACUCACAUGGGAUGUGCUCACAGCGCGCCGCGGAAAUUGAAGAGCAAGUUUAUGCAAAGGCUGAUGCAUUACUGGCACAAGGGGUUGAAAAUAUUGAUUACGAUGCAAUCUUUGCCGAUCUUUUUGGGAAGGUGAAGAAGAGGAAACAGGUCCCUGGUGCUGGACACGCAACGAGCAUAUAUUUCCCGUUUGCUACUAGCUCGUCCACCUCUGCAGCUGCCCGCUCAGCUGAGGUCGAGCAACGAGUCCAGGAGUUACGCGAACAAGUCAGGGUUGAGGUUACAAAUGAGGUUCAAGAGAGAAUGCAGCUUGUGAUGCAGGACGAAAUUGCCAAAGUGCGUGAGGAGUCGGACAAGAAAACAGCGUCGUUGCAAGACCAGCUGAAGAUCCUCAGUGAACAGUUCAAUCAAUUGACAAGAGGCUAGAGUCCAUUUGAAGUGAAACAAUUAUUUUGAGCUCCUUAACUAUCUUUUUCCGAAGUGAACCAAUUUAGUUUGAAUAGCCUAAUCAGCAAACUUCCUUUGAAGUGUAAAACUAUGAUAUUUUGUUUUAUGCAAUUUUUUGGAUCUUGCUAUAUAC